AUGGACAAGUUCAAUUCCGGAGGACAGCAAAAAAAGGCCGAGAAAACGGCCAGGGCUGGGUUUGAGGCGGGGCCGAGAUUGGACUCAUUGUCUUUGGACAAGAAGGCCAUCUUCGAUCAGUCCCCGCUCCGGCCUAGACUUGCCCAUCAUGUUCGUUGAUCUCAUUUUAUCUGUCAUUCUCCCCUGUUUGUAAUAAUCUUUGAACUUACAGUAUAGCCUGCCCAAUGUCCUGAUGGAGGAGCCGGACUAUGGGUUCGAGCUACAGCCCACUAUUUAUCCAUCGCAUUGUUCUGCAGUAAACAACACCGCCUUCGCUAAUGUAGAAUUCCUUCAUUCGUAUAGUAUCAUUUCAUGGCCGAACUUCACGAAUUGUCUCCCCAAUUGUGGAAUGUGUACCAAUUUUGCAUCGGACCAGAUGUAUUUGAUCUACAACUUCUUUGUGAUAGGCUUCAUCUUGCCUCUAAUCUCAUUUUGCGGGAUAUUUGGAAACGGGUUCUCAGCUUUUGUAUACAGUAGACCAGGUAAUUAAAAUAAUAAUAUAGGAUAAUACAGUCUAUCGGGAAAAUAGUGGCGGGUUGUCGCAGCAAAAUGUUUCGCCUCGUCGAAGCUUCGGCAGCCGUCGCAACGCGAUGAAGCGCGAUUCCAAGGCGCGACGACAAGCCACUAUUUUCCCGACAGACUGAUAUGUGAUUUCCUAUUUUGCAUUUUCAGCAAUGCGAACAUCGACCAAUCUGUAUCUAUGUGCUCUUGGAUGCUCAGACAACGCGGUUAUAAUCACAGCGUUGUUUUUGUUUUUCUUGGACAGCAUUCGAAAGUAUUCUCUGCAAUUAACUAUCGGCUACAAUGUCUUGUCGCCUUACAUUUACCCCGCUGGUAUGAUUGCCCAAACUUGUUCCGUCUACUUCACGUUGGUUGCUGCUAUCGAUUGUUUUGCUCAAGUAAAUCGAACCUUUUACUUUAUGAGUUCCACCACUACUUCGCUUUAGGUAUGCUUGCCCGAGUCUUGCAAGAAAUUUUUUUCACGCCCAAAGACCGUGACGAUCCUGAUAUGCUCAGUGGCGCUGUUUAGUAUCGCCUACAACUUGCCCCAUUGUUUCGAGUCAGUUUUGGUAGAAUGUUGGCAUCCUCAAUUUGGUGCCGCUUCCAUUGAAGUUUGCCCCGCUCCAUUUCGGUUCCAUGAAACGUAAAUCAAAAAGUUUUGUUAUAAAUUCAUUAAUUGUCAUUUCCAGAUACACCCUUGUAUACUACCAGUACAUGUAUUCGAUCUUUUUGGCCAUUGGUCCAUUGAUUUUGUUAAUCAUUCUGAAUACUUGUAUCAUACUUUCUACAAUGGUAUUCAAAACAGCUGAUUGUGAUCCCAGUGAUAAUAUGGCAUUGGUAAUUUUUUCGUAGAAUUAGCCUUAAUCUUCAGGACUUUAUAAGGCACAAAUAAUUGGUCACAUUUACCGCUUUCUAAGAAUAAUUAGUUGUAAAACGCGUAAAAGUCAGGCUUUAAAACAUAAGAAAAUCCAAAAUUUGAUGGCAGUUCCUGACAUUUAAAUAAAGAAGAUACAUGAACUCAUGAAUAAAAAUGCCACUUCGUUUACAUAUAGACACGUUGGGUGGCAACUCCAAAUUAGGCUGACAGGAGAAGUACUCCAAGUGCAACACUCGCCAUCAGAUUUUGAUGAAAUUUGGAAGCUUUUCUAACAAACUUUCUAACUUGUAAGGCUUAUGCGAGGCUCCUAGCCCGCGCUUUGUAGAAACGACCGAGAUUUUUAGGUCGAACGUUGGAAAAAAUAUGAAACCUUGUCAGCAAAGUUUCAUAUUAUUUCUAUUGUUUCCACAAAAAAUCAACGUAUGACCGCCCUCCUCGUUCCGCGUGCUCUCUCAACUGCAUGAAUCGUUCAAUUUGUUGGCUGUCCCUGCAAGAUAGCUAAGAUAUUCAGAAGUCGAUAUGUCACCUAUGUGGGACGUGUGUGCAAAGUUUAAAAAAACUUUGCCGCCUUGGGGUACUUCCCUUGUGAAUUCACUCCACGAAGGAUAAUGAUUCUAAUAUCCAAAAAAAAUCUUAUUCAUUAAUAACAGGAAUACCAUUGAUUUACUAAUUUUAGAUUCUAGUCGUCCUUUUGUUUAUUUCGUGCAAUGUCAUCGCCCUGCUGAUUAAUGUAUUCGAAAGCAAUUUAUCAAAUGUGCUGCAAUGGAGGAUCAAUUACAUCAUCGACAUCUCAAAUCUGCUGGUCGUCUUCAAUUCGAGCUUCAAUUUUGUUAUUUAUUAUCGCUUCUCCAAGCUUUUCCGUCGCAGUUUCAAGCUCAAUAUCCUGGGGCGAUGCUUCGGGAAGAAGACUGUAAUGUUUACUCAUUACAACUCUCCCAAUCAGAACUUAAUGGCUAAGAUUGAACCCUCCGGGAAUACAAUAACUACGUACAGGUAUCCAGAACAUGAAAGUUUCGAGUCAUUAGAUGAAAAAUUGAAGGCUGCGGCGAAUACCGAAGUCUUGAUAUAA